CGACAGCACAACAGAUCUUUAAAGAACCUUCUGAAGAAGAAUUAUUGAAAAAUGAAUUUCCAGGGCAAAUCAAAUCAAUGCCAAAGGGGAGUGAGGAAACUGAUAAACUGGCAGUGUGGGGGUGGAAAGAACAAUUGUUAAUUGUACAAAAAUGUAUGAUAAUGACAAUCUCAGGUGCUGUUUACGAGCUUUAUUUAAUGUUCGCUGGAAUCUUAUCGCAUAAUUUACUAUGACACUGUGUCCUAACCAGACACAAUACGUUUCCAGCAAACAUUACUGAUUAAAUUAAAGAUUGUUUAAUAAAGAUUAAACAUUAAACAUUCUUCAGAACCUCAAAAGUAAACUAACCGGUUUGUGUUGGGUGGAGCAGCUGAGAGGACUAUAUAAGCGAGAGCCCUGUGAAGGUCCUUCAAAGAUCUCUUCUGCUCUCGUCAGUGAAACAGCAGCGUCUUCUACAACAUCUUCUGAAUUUUAACCUACUUCUUCAGCACCACAAAUACAGAAGAAAACAAAAUGGCAAGUGGACAGCCAAUAACCAAGCUCAAAAUCUCCACCUGUAAGGCUGAAGAGGAAAUACUCAGAGCUCAAGAUUAUCACCUCAUCAAUGUUGACCUCAAUAAUGGUACUGGUGGAAACCGGGUCCUUCUUUGGUACAAGAAAGAGUCUGGCAACAGACCAGUGACCAGGAUCGAGUUCUCUUUCACUGACCAGAUGAAAUCUGGUCUGGUUGAUGCUGGGUAUGAGCUGGUCAACAGGGAUCUGAAUGCAGGAGCUGCUGGAGAUUUCAUCUUCCUCUGGUUCUUCUGCGGCAGCACUGAAUAUGACAUUCCUAUUGUGGACCUCGCUGUAACCAUAGAUGCCACCGAAGAACCAGCUCUUCUGAAAGGUGGCUGGGAGAGACUGGGCUGUGAUCUGAACCGUAAUGCAGGAGGAAACUUCAUCUACCUGUGGGUGAAGAGAGAGAAGACCAGCUACAUACAAGAUGUUGCAGCAACUGUUGACUUCUCUUCUGACAAGCACAUGUUUGAACUGGGCUACACUCGUGUGGGUGAAGACACCAAUCGGGGCGCUGGUGGACAAAACUUCGUCUUCCUCUGGUAUCGCUGCACAACUGAUAAGAGCAAGGCUCUCACUCAUCUCAACAUAUCCACCUCCCACCAGGAGGAAGAAAAGCUUCAGAACGAAGGCUAUAAAAAGCUCAGUGUUGAUCUCAAUACAGGAACCGAUGGAAAAUUUGUCUUCCUAUGGUACAAGAAAGAGGAAUGUCAAUCAAUCCAGGCCAUGGUUCUGCUGAUCUACUCUAAGGCCUGGUUUGAGUAUCAGAAUGCUGGUAUCAACUUUAUAGAGAAAAAUCUGAAUGAGGGCAAUAAUGGCUGGGAAAUAUACAUGGCCUACAAGUAAAAUAACUGAAUCAUGCUGCCAUCACAGGAUCUUCUUCAGUUAUCUCAGUGGUAGAUCUAUAUGGCAGCUAUAAGCAUAUCUGAUUUUAAUGUCACUCUUUAAAGCACAUUGUGACUGUGGCUGUUGUACUACACUCAACCAAACAUUUCAUUUGGCCUCUGAGUUUAUGUUGAAAUGAAUUAUGAAAUAAAGUCAA